UCUGUCACCUGAAAUUGUCACUUAAACGGCAGGAAGGUUGGCUGUCUCAGGAGGAACUAUGGAAUCUGAAAAGAAUACAAUUAAGCAUGUGAAGACCGGUAAAGGAUCCAGAUUAUACAGGGUGGCCAUUGCAAAAAGGUAUCGUGAACAAGGAAGGUACAAAUCUUCUUUGUUUUUGGAAAUGCUGUGGUCUAGUGAGAAGUUGUGCAGGAUCUGAAGGAUGACUGGCUUCAUCAUUGGACCAGGAAGUCAGGCUUAAUAUUAUGACAUCCUUCCCAUCACAAAAACUCAAGAAGAGAUGGAACCCAGGGAUCUCGUGUUCAUUUAAGGGACCUACUUCAAUCCCAAAACUAUACACCAUCACCGUGACAUUGUCCAUGCUGAGACAUGGAUUGGAGAUGGAGAGAGGACUCUUGGCGCUUGCUAGGCAAGGAGCAUGGUGCAGUGUUUCAACUCCUACAAGUUUGUUUUCCACCUCUUAUGGGAACAUAAAAUACCAUUUUAAAUAGAUCAACAUGUGGCUAUAGGGGAUCUAUAUGAGUCAUUGCAGUGAACAUAACUGGAGCUAACCCCCACGUGUUCCUGGAAAAAGUUCUGUCUUCUCACUGGGGGAUGAAACUGCAGACAAACAGGUUGAUACCGAAAAUUUAAAAACACAAGCACAGGAAGAAAACAAACAAGAAACAUCAGAAAAAGGAUUGUAGAGAACCCAUCACAGUACCGUGUGAUUCUAAUAUGGCAAUUUCUCUAAGUUCCCAGAAUGAACCAUUAACAAUGAAAUCCAAGAGCACAAAACAACGAGAGAAUGAACUGAAAGCAAUAAGAGACAUGGAAAGAGUCAAAACACGUGUCCCUGUUUCCAGAGCUGCUGCAUAUGUGAGCCUCAGUAAAGAUACUCAACAUGUGCCAUGCAAAGAAAUAGUUCACCUGGUAGAUAACACAAGGGCUGACUGCAGUCAGACAAAUGACAGCACUGGAGCUCAAAAGAACACUUGGUCAGUUGUGGACUCCGACAGAGGUGCAAAAAUCAAGAAGGUGAAAAUGCCAGAAGAACAGAAAGAGGAAACAGGCACUGGAUCAAGCAGUAGAUGUUGUGGGUCAUCUGGUGACAAUGUCUUCAGCAUCUGAGACAAACAAUUCAGGGCCUUCCAAUACACAGUCGGAGGCAUCAGAAAGUGGAAAGCGAACUGGCAGUGCUAAUCAGAAAACAGGAGACAAGUCGAUUAAUGGCAAGAAACAAGACGAGAGUAAAGAACAAGGCCCUUUCUACUACAUUGGAGGCACGAAUGGAGUUGCACUUAUUGUCAGCUUCUGUGAGAGCAAAGGAUGGAAUCGAAUAUUGGACAAUACCCGACAAGACUACCUAUUGAAAUGGACUGAUGCUAACAGACCGUCCAACCACCAAUCCUUUCACGAAGGUAAACAGAUGUUAAACCAGAUCCCAAACAAUAAGGUUCUAACCACCAAGUUUGGCCUCUGCUCUUCCCUCAAGGACAAUGAACGCAUAAUGAAUAAGUAUGGCAGGAUCAUGUUUUCAAAAUUCAUGAAACUGGAAGAAUUUUAUCCUGAAACGUACCGUAUGGAUCUAAAAAGUGAGCGCUAUGCUUUCCAUCGAGUCUUCCGAGAAGGCCAGACUUGGAUAUCUAAACCUGCUGAAUCAUGCCAAGGCAGAGGAAUCUUCCUCUUGAGGACUCUCAAUGAUAUAACUGCCUUUUUUAAAAAACUGGAAAGUGUGGAGGAAAAUCCCUAUUUCAGAAUGUGUUCCUACAAUUCUCCUCUUAACAGAAUAGUACAAAGAUAUGUUGCUGAGCCCUUACUCCUAGAAGGUAGAAAGUUUGAUGUCCGUUCCUACUUUUUGAUUGCCUGUACCUCGCCCUAUGUGACUUUCUUUCGCCAUGGUUAUGCCAAGUUGACCUGCAAUGAAUACAGUCCAAAUUCUGAUGACUUGACGGACCAUCUAACCAAUCAGUUCAUACAGAAAAAGAACCCCCUGUACAAUGAGAUGAAGGAGGACUCAAUCUGGUCCAUGGAGCGCUUGAAUGACUACAUUAAUGAGAAAUAUAUGGAAGCAAAACAUCUCCCAAGAGACUGGGUUUUCAAUGUUUUUACGAAGAGAACGCAACAAAUCAUGACACAAUGCUUCAUUGCCACCAAAGCCAGACUUGGUAGGAAACUGGGCUACUUUGAUCUUCUGGGUUUUGACAUUAUGAUUGAUCAAAAUUUCAAGUGUGACUAUUAA